UAGAAUGCAGACGCACGGACACGUCACACGUCGUUUAUGUAAAUACUUUGAUUGAAGAAAAAGAAAAAAGCCUCCGUGCCCUACUCUGAAAUGGAGGUGUGGAUACGACGCAUGCGCACUGUGUCCACAACUAGCCCCCUUCGCCCCUCCUCCUCCUCCCCCUCCCGUCCACAAGCGCAGACAUCAACAAGGGAGCGGGUUUACUGAUGCGGGUUGAUUUUCAUAAUAGUCACAUCGUAACGACGCGUUAUAAGGAUUAUUACUUUCUGUCGGCUUCACGCAACUUGCAACAAGAUGUUUGGCUUUCAUAAGCCAAAAAUGUACAGGAGUUUGGACGGAUGCUGCAUCUGCCGGGCAAAAUCUUCAAGCUCUCGUUUCACAGACAGCAAGAGGUAUGAGAAGGACUUCAGGAGCUGUUUUGGACUGAGUGAAACACGAUCUGGAGAAAUCUGCAAUGCCUGUGUGCUCCUGGUGAAACGAUGGAAGAAGCUACCCGUGGGAACCAAGAAGAACUGGAAUCAUGUUGUUGAUGCCAGAGGAGGUCCCAGCCUAAAGAUAACUUCCAGGCCCAAGAAGAUAAAGUCCAUCUCCAAGAAAGCGCGGCCGAGUCAGAUCAGCAGGCUGCAGAAAGAGCUUAAAAGAAGCAAUUCAGAUGCCCACAGCACCACAUCCAGUGCCUCUCCAGCUCAGUCUCCCAGCUACAGCAAUCUGUCAGACGACGGUUCAGAUACUGAGCUCAGCCCGGGAUCCAGCCGCUCACCUGUUUUCUCAUUCCUGGACCUAACUUACUGGAAAAGGCAAAAAGUGUGCUGUGGAAUAAUCUACAAGGGGCGCUUUGGGGAGGUGCUCAUCGACCCCCAUUUGUUCAAACCGUGCUGCCGCAACAAGCAACGGCAGCAGCAGCAACAAGAGGAGGAGGAAGAAGAAGAGGAGGAGGAAGACGAGGAGGAAGAAGAGGUGGAGGUAGAGGAGGGCCCGGUGGGCGUGGAUGUCGUCAGCAGGCAGAAAUCCCAGGCGGAAGAGGAAGUGAAGGAGAUGCCAACGUGUGAGGAAAACGAGAGAGAGUCUGCUCAGCUAUGCGUAACCAUGACAACGCCUCCGAGUAGGAGCGGUGUGGUGGUGGUGGAGGAAGGGUGGUGAAUACAAACCUAAAGCUCCUCCUCCCUCCUCUUGCACACAUCUCUGAAGAAAUCUUGGGGUGCAGUUUUUUUUUUCUCUCAAAGCACUUACCGAAAGAAGUUGCCUCAGAUUGCCUUCAAUCAUAAAGCAGCUGUAAAUCCUUUGGUCUUCUCCAUAAUAAUGUUGUUUUUUUUGUUGUUUAUUAUUUUUUAAACGGUAACUUAUGAACUGUUGUUGUUGUUUUCCACUUUGUCUCUUAUUUUGUAUUUAAUAUUCUCACCAUCCUGAUGAUGGGCCGUCAUCCGUGAUGUUUUUUUUUUUUGGAUCAACUUUAGAUGAAAAUGCUGGAGCUCAAGUUUGCUGGUACAUUUAAAACAUUUUAUUCCAAAAUGCAAUAGAUCCACGUACUUACAGAAAAAGGUGCUACUUGAAAUUCAUCACUCAACAGUUCAGCUGAUUCAACUCAUUCUCAACGUGGAUAUUUUAUAAGCAUAUAUGUUAAGAUGACUAAUAUAAUGAGAUUAGUUUGGGUUUUUCUUUGUGAAGAGUAGAUAUCUCUUUUUUUUUAAAUCUCGUUUUGGAAUGAAUGACACUUUAUAUCAACAGAGCACAGACCUGUACAGUGUCCCUUUGUGUUUGUGUUUAUUCACAUUGACAUCCUAUCAAAGAGUUUGUGUUUGUAGAUUGGAUUAGUGUCUCUGUGUGCAAAUGUGGGUCCCAUUUUAAAUAAGGCCUAUUCACAGCUUCAACAGCAAAUACACCAGCCUUAAUUAUGUGUCACAGACAGUGCUAGUGUUAAUUCUGGAUUGGUAUUAAGGAACAAAAAGGGACAGUAGCUAUAUUUAUUGUGGCCUCAGCAACACAUAGUGCAUUUUUGCAUGAAUGGCAAGCCCACUCAUCCAAAAGACGUAAUGAUCUGAUGCAUGAGUCUACUAAAAAAUUGCAUGGCCUUAUAUAAACUGUAAAUCUUUUAAUCUUUUAUUUUUUUGGAUCCAUUUCUCUGAAGUUUUAACUUAUUUUUAUAUGUAAAAAAAAGAAAAAAAAGGAAAACAGAAGUUUCUUUGCAUAAUAAUACCACACAACACAACAGUCAAAACACACAAUCGGUCUAUAGUCUAUUCAGCAAUAUCAAUAUCAGUGAUUUCCGGCAUUUCCUGUGUCAGUAUACGGUAAAAAGACUUUAUACGAGCUGAAAUUCUAUGCCAUUGCCUCUUCUAUACCACAAAUGUGUUGUGAUAUAUAGCCUAAUAUUACUUUAUUUAUCAAAUUAAAGCCAAAGCACAUUGAAAUUCACCCAAUGUCAAAUCAAUGCAGGUUUUCUAUGGACACUUGUGCUUGUCCGAGGUCAUUUGUAUGUAUGUUUAUGGUAUUUUAAAAAGAACACUAAUAUGAAAUUUCAUACAUUUGAUGUUGUAGUUGGGAGCUGGGAGGGUAUGUUGUGUACAUAAUGGGCUGGGUGAGCUGUAUGGCUCCUAUAUGGGUUUGAUUAUUUAUUUAUUUCAUAUUUAUUUGUAUCACUGCAUCCCCGCUUAGAAGUGUAAUACUAUGAAUUCUUUUCAUCUUUAGCUUACGCGUAGUAUGGUUUUGUACAUCAGAAAUCAAAUGUAAUUCUCUCGCAGGUUUUGUCAAACAUUGCGCUGAAUUACUGGAUGUCAAUAUUUGUGAAAUGUUGUUAAGUAUUUAUUUACUCAUCAGUUGAGUUGCGUGCAACCUAACUUAUUCUGUACCAUCACUUUGGAUCUGUAUCAUACUGUAGACUGAAACGAUUGAUAGAUUGCAACCAAACUGUGCUUUUUCCUCUUUUAGCCUGUAGCUUAAUGUUACAGAGUAGUAGGAUACUUAACUCUAGACUUGCAUGUACUGUUGCUAUGCAUUUACUUAGCUUACAAGUUAGACAAAGCGGUUUUGUAU